CUUUCCUUCCUCCUUUCAUGGAGAGUUCCCACAUGUGAAUUUGUGCUGUUUGACAAUGACCUUCAUAUAGACACGGAAAUCAGGGAAUCAUGAGGUUGCUUGGACAGAUAAUUCAACAGGUCAGAGGUCAUUAUGGCAUGACCUUGACCUGUGGAAGGACAAAGUUACAUCUGGGAAACAGGAUAACCCCUAUGUCUGUUUUUUCACGUUCAUUCGCCUCUGAGACAAACCAAGAUGCCCUCACCGAGAUGCCGCUGAAGCAUCCUGUGAAAGGGGAGCUUGUGUAUGGCGGACCUCUGUGGAAAAUGGUUAAGGGCAUCAAAGCCUUCUCAGUGUCCACCAGUAUGAUUGGACUGGGGCUGCAGCCGUACAUACUGAUGAACGCAGGGGAGGCUGCCAUGUUCAGUAAAGUGAUGAUAGGAGGAACGAUAAGCUUUUUCAUCUUCAUCACCCCUAUGCUGAUUCAUUUUGUGACAAAGAAGUAUGUGACCUACUGCUACCUGAACAGAGACACUGGGAGCUUCACAGCAGCCACCUACAGCUUCUUCCUGAGGAGGAAGGAGAUUGAGUUCACAGCUGAAGACGUGGUGGUGCCGGACAUCCCGGGCAUGUUCACCACCGUACUGGUCAAAGGGAAGCCACUGUUCCUGGAUGCACGGAUGUUCUACAGCAAGGACGCCUACAUUCACUUCAUGGGCUAUGACAAGCCUAUUGACUGGACAAUGCCAGAUUACAGCAAGAAGCCCAAGAAGGAAACAUGAUUGUAUGAUUUCAAGUGGAAUCUGUGUGUAUGUGAAUGUAGAGAAAAAUAAACAUUAUUCCAGUGUGAA